AUGACAACUCAGAAAGCUUUUUAUAAAUUCUCAACAUCAUUCACGCAAGCAAUGCAGUUUUGUCGAGAAACAAUUCUCAUCACUUCUGCUGACAAAUUGAAAACGAAAAUUUUCACGUACAUGACCACAAAUCUGAAUCAAACGACAGCAGAAACAGUAGUGAGUAACAUACUACAUAUGUUAACUAUGCAAGAAACUAUCAUGAAAGCCAGAAAAAAGGGAAUUCAAUAA